ACGACCUCCUUUUCCAAAGCUUCACGAUGAAAGGGGAACAGCGAUUUAUUUAUCUUUUAUUAAGCUUAUUAGGGAUAGGAUUUUCAACAGCUCAAGAUUGGGGAGCGUUGUACGGGUAUGGAUCAGGCGGAAGUAUGGGGGUCUAUCGCAUGGAGAACUUUGCUAACAAAAAUUAUGGAUUUUCCGAAUAUUGCAAACCUACACCUGAGGCACUGGGUGUCUACAAUGGCACGAUUACCGAUGCGCAAAUGACAGCGCCACCCAACAGCUGGGCCAGACAGCGGGAACCAUGGAAAGCCAGGCUCUAUCAUAACAGCGCCUGGCAGGCAGAAACAAACGACUACCUGCAGUAUCUCCAGGUUGAUUUCGGAAAUCGCCAUGUCCUAAUGGCCGUCGCCACGCAGGGCAUGCGGGGAAGUUUGCACUGGGUCACGCAGUACAAGUUACUCUUCAGUAACGAUGAGAAGAAUUGGGAACCCAUCACGGAGAAAAACGGGGAACCGAAGCUGUUCAUCGGUAAUGAUAAUGCCGAUUCCAUCAAGCUGAAUGUUUUAGAAUUCCCCAUCGUGGCGCGUUACAUUCGCAUCAACCCACAGAGGUGGAGUGGAUUCAUCGCAAUGAGAGUCGAACUCUAUGGCUGCAAGUUUGAUUCGCACCAAGCCUUCUUCGCCGGGAAGGGUAUUGUCCAGUACGACGUGACCGGCCCGGUCUACCAAGUUCGUUCCCGCAAUGACUUCAUCCGGCUGCGUUUCCGUACGAGCAGCCCAUUUGGUCUGUUGUUCUACGCCGGUAGCUCCCAGGGAGACUUCUUCUCUAUUGAGCUGUACAGAGGUAUUCUGAAGGUUUCCGUGAAUUUAGGGACGGGUAGUUCGGAUAUUUAUGCCGGAAGUCUUUUGGAUGAUAACCAGUGGCAUGAUGUCGACAUAGUCAGAGAAAGUCACGAGUGUAACAUUACGAUCGAUCGUUUGAAAACUGUCGGAAAAUUGGUUGGAGACUUCUUGAACUUGGAUGUGGAUUCGACGCUCAAUCUCGGCGGUCUGACCACUUUCACCCACAUGCACGGCGUCACCACCAAGCAUAACUUCACCGGUUGCAUCGAGAAUAUCUACUUCAAUGACUUGAACAUGCUCCGUGACGUGACGGAGGUGCCGAUGAGGCCACGCUACCGGGUAGAUGGCGGAGUACAGUUCCAGUGCAUGAUGGAUGAGCAAACUGCCAUCACUUUUGACUCUUUUGAAGCCCACAUUGAAUAUAUGGCGCAGGGUGAGAAAGGCCGACUGCGUAUCCACCUUGUUUUCCGCACGUACAACCCCGAUGGCAUCAUGGUCUACUACAAAUUCGGCUUGUUCGAGUUUGUGAUUAAACUCAGCCCCAACGGCUAUCUGCAGUAUACAAUCCAGGGGCUCGAGGGAAGUGAGGAUCUCGAGGACACAAUCAAGAAUCGUGCUGAAUGGAACGAGAAUGGCAUCUUCAAUGACGGCUUGUGGCACGAAAUAUCCUUCUUGGCCGACAGAAACCGUGCCAACUUCACCGUCGACAAACAGGUCAGGAUAACAACGCAUCCGAUGAACUUUGACGAGAUAGGUGACGGCAAAUAUAUGAUCGGCAGUGGACCUGAGGGCUACCCGGGUUAUCUCGGCUGCAUGCAGGGCCUGUCCGUCGGCACUAAAUCCAUCGUCACUGCCACAUUGAAGGAAGGGGCUAGGUCUGGUGCGGCGGUGGGGUCUUGCGCCAUGCGCGAUCGAUGUCACCCAAAUCCCUGUGAACAUAACGGGGCGUGCACGCAGGACUGGUCGACGUUUUACUGCGAUUGCGAGGGCACAGGCUACACUGGUGCGGUGUGUCAUCUCUCUGCCCACUUCCAAUCUUGUACCGAGGCGAAGGAGACGAAUAAAGAUGCAGCAGAAUUGGCCACGAUAAUAGACGUGGAUGGUUCCGGGCCGCUCAAACCCUUCAAGGUCACUUGUGAUUUCAAAGAGGGCAUCAAGACUAAAGUAUCGCACCGCUACAUGGAAGAAAUGCUGGUUGAUGGUUUCGACGACCCGGGAUCCUACCGUCGCGAGAUCAUCUACGAUGCUGACGUUGAUCAGCUGACGGCCAUGAUAGAACGUGCCUCCAAGUGUCAACAGUCCAUCAACUAUAAAUGCAGGGCAGCAAGAUUAUUAGCGCAACCACCGUCCCCGUUCGACAGGAUCCGAGGCUUUGGCUGGUGGGUCAGCCGCACAAAGCAGCCGAUGUACUACUGGGGCGGCGCGGCGCCGGGGACCUACAAGUGCGCCUGCGGUGUCUCCGGUACGUGCGACGGGAAACAGGAGCGGUGUAACUGCGACGCUAACGACGAGAAUCAGUGGAAGAGCGACGACGGUCUCCUGCAAGACAAGGGGUACCUGCCGGUCAUGGAGCUGAGGUUUGGCGAUACUGGGACGCUGCUGGACCGGAAGCAAGCCAAGCAUAAGUUGGGCGCACUUGAGUGCUUUGGGGAUGCUCUCUACGAAAACUCGAUCACAUUCCGUAAAGCAGACGCAACAGUGGAAUUCCCACCUCUCCAGUAUGACGAAAUCGACACCCUCGACAUUCGAUUUCAGUUCCGAACAACAUCUGACCAGGGCACGUUCAUUCAUUCGACCGGUGAAAACCAGUUCAUGGCAGUCAGUUAUAACUCUGGCACUAUUGUUUCAUUCCGCUUUAACGUCGGCCGUGGUGUUGAGGCCAUCGAAGUGAUCUCGCCGUCGAAACUCAACGAUGGAAUUAUUUGGCACACCGUCACUGUCGAGCGAAAUCGUAAGGAGUACUAUAUGAAAGUCGACAUGCUGGCGCCAGUGACACGGCCAGAGCCCAUCAAUCAGGGCUACAAGAACUUCUGGUUCACCGAGAACUUCACAGUGGGUGCCACGGUCGACUUCAGGAAUGGUUACGUUGGCUGCAUGCGUGGACUACAGGUCAAUGGGGAACUCUACGACAUCCGAGGGAAAGUCGCCCGGGAGGAAUCUACCUACGGCUUGUCCCAGACGUGCGUGCCAAAGUGCGCCAGCAACCCGUGUAUUAAUAACGGAGACUGUAAGGAGGGCUUCUCAGAUUACACGUGUGACUGCACCUACACACCUUGGAGAGGAUAUAUCUGUGGAAGAGAGGUCGGUACGAAUCUCGGCUCAGGGGAUAUGAUCAAGUAUGUCUUCGACGCAAAGGGUUCGCUGGCCACCGAGGAGGAGGUGAUUACGGUGGGUUUCGCCACGCAGGAGAAGAAGGGUAUUCUCAUGAAGAUUGUCAACCCGGACAAUGAUGAGUAUAUAUCCAUUGAGCUUAACAACAACGGUGGUGUCACUGUUUACUACAACUUCGGUGCCAAGUCCGGUGGCCCGAGCAGUGUUUCGACCCAGACUUUGGAGCAAGGCGUCGAUCUGACCAACAACCAGCAGCAUGUUGUAAAGUUCAGGAGAACGAAGGGAGGCCGCAACCUGAUUUUGCAGGUUGAUGAAUAUACGCCGGCCCUCAAAGACUUGAACCUCGCCCCAGGGGCUGACACCAAGUUGAAUGGACCAAAGUUCAUCUAUAUGGGCAAAGACGAGGGCACCAAGACCGGUGAGGGCUUCACCGGGUGCAUCUACAGGGCCAAGUUCAACAACAUCUACCCCCUGAAACUGGCUUUUAACGCUCCCAGGCCACCGAAUAUUAUUCUAUCCCCUCCAGAUUUACGCGAGGACAAGUGUGGGUUUGAGGAGAUACUUCCGCCCCACGAACCGUACGAAACACGUACACUGGACGCUAAAAUAGAAGCCCCGCCUCCGUUAUACAAAGUUGAUCGUGGUCGUCACGAUGCCCUCUUGGGAGGCAUCCUGGCAGCUGUGUUUGUUGUGCUCAUCAUCAUCAUCAUCAUCGUGGCGUGCCAGAUGACCAAGCAGAAGGGCGCCUAUAAGACGCAGGAGGCCAAGGGAACAGAAAACGCGGAAAAUCCGGAUUUUGCGAUUCUUCAGGAGAGAUCCGGACAGCCGGAAGUGUCGCGGAAACGAGAAAUCUUCAUCUAGAAUUUGUACAGCUAAUUUUAUAUUCGUCCUAUGCAUUGAAAAACUGGUCGUUGAUUUGGGGUCGGGUUCCAGCCUUGUUUGUGUGGGUUUGGGAAGUUUGUUGUCGCUUGGCAGGGUAGAUUAAUACAGGGAUGUCAAAUUUCAGAUUUUUGGGAAAUUCUGAAUGUCGAUAGCUGGUACGUAAAGAUCUCUUUCUCAGCUUUCUGUGGAUUUUUGAAUUUUCGAAAUCGGACCAAAAAUAAGCAUUUCAUAGGCACUUUCCUGUAAGGGAGUGCAAAUCAAAAGGGAAGAUUUUCACCCAAAAAAAUUCAGAGUUUUUCGCCGAAGCUCAUUGACAUCUCUGGCAGUAGCAUUUGGACUUGACGCUAGUGUUACUACCAACGUCCAGGGGUUGAGGAUCUACUAGAUAAGGGGUUAAGAAAACAUGGAUAUUUAGGAUGAAACUUAGUAGAUAAGCUAUGAUUGUGAUAUGUCAUUUAUCCGUCACCUGUCCCAAUCUCGUCAGUUUCAUCAACAUUUUCUAAGCGGCCAGAAAGUCGCUCAUGGUGGAUUAGAUGAUAACCAGCCUUCUCUCAUUUCUUCGGGACCAAAACCUACAUGUGUCAGAUAAAAGUUAGGAGCAUUAUAUCGACACAUAUGCUUUAUAAAGCAAGAAAACUAUUAUUUUUACCCACUUUCUUUUUUUUUGACAGUGGGUUACUAUAAUGACCAAUAGCAUAUCAAGUUUUCACUCCAAAACGUACCAGUACAUAUCUUGCAAUUUGUCUGUUAGUGACGGCAUAUUAUAGUUUUUAGGCAAUUAAUUUUUAUUCAUAUAUUUACUUGUUUGUAAAUACUAUAAUUAUACGCUUUGCUGCGAUAUAUAGACAUGAGUUGGGUUCCGUGUUACACGCAAAUUACGGUUUAAAGGACGAAUUUGUUAUAUUCUCACAUGUGAUCUAUUCGAUUACAAAACAUUUGUAAGUUGUAAUUGUAAUUCUUGAGCAAUGCGGGACCUCACUUUUGACCUUAGGGGUGGGCCAGGCUCGCUGUGGUUUAAACUUGGCCAAUGUUAAAUGCUUGCUCCGACGGUUAAUGGUAAUGUCAUGGCAACCUCAAACGUUGUCAAGAAUGUCAGCUUAUGCGUAUUGAGUCGAUUUUAUUUGUAAAAAUCAGGCAUACGUCCCAGUAUUUUGUCGACUGACCUAGAUUGCUUCAUUCAUUGUAUAUUUUUGUGCUUUGAGCAUGUAGACUGUAGCAUAUUGUAUGCCUGGGAUCUCGUAUUAUAAAGUUUAGGCGUGAAGCAGAUUUAUUUGUGUCCGAUUGCCGUAGCCGCCCAAUAUAUCAAAUGUAAUGUUCAGCCAUCAGAAUUUUAGGCGGAGACGUCUACCUAAAAUUUGUGUUAUGAUAUUCCUUAGAUUGUUUAAGAUUGGAACUAGUCCUGUGGUUUUUGACCCUGGGGCAUCUCAUGGAAACCAUGAACACAAAUGAGCUGCUAUAUCGGCACGACAACCUGGGGAUUUUGACCGGUAUCCAUUUCAACACCGAAGUGGACAAAGACAAGUAAGACCAAGAGACCUGCCCAGGGUCUCGGGCUGAGUGUGGGGUUCGAAUCAGGGACCUCUUGACCGAUAGCCUUCUGUCCGAAGUCCAAGCCAUGAAAUCACACGGUUUUUUGAUGCACUGUUCUGGGGACCGAAACUAGCAGGACUAUUUCUGACUGAUGAACUUUGUAAAAAAAGUCCAUUCAAAGAAGGCAGAGUGGGAAUAAAAAUUCUAACUUGCCAAUUUAUUCUAUAUAUCAUAUAAUUGUAAACUUGUAAGCGUUUUGCUUUGUACAUAUCAUUUAUAUAAAAAUGAAAUAUCAUUGUCGAAUAAUUUGUAAAAAUUUGAAUAUAUUGUAACAUUUUAUACAUUGUGAAAAUCUGCAACUGAGAAGUCAGCUGCCGUCAAUUAUGGACAGAGGUAAUGUGACUUUUUUUUAUCCAAAUUCUUUAGAAGAAUACAUAUAAUCAUUGUUGCACGGACAAAUUAUUAUCUUUCGAAAUGAUUGAAAACGAUGACUAGUUGUUUUGUCACAAUCCUUAUUUAAACAAAUUUCCAAACUUGACUCGAGUCAUUUUUCACACCUAAACAAACAUUGUUCACUUGAUAAUAGUGACAGAAGAAUAUCUUUUAAUGUACAGGCUUGGUUCAUGAGAUUGUGCCAUGAAAUGCGUUCUGAUAUCUCGUACCAGAUUUUAUUGCUUGUCCAAAAAAACAAUACCAAAUUUUCUUGAUACACUCUGUACACCUAUGUACAUGUAUAUUACUUGCCCCCUUUAGUUUAUUUCAAUCAUAUCAAUAAAUCGCCAAAUUUAUUAAGAAUA